AUGUCGAUGAUAUCUCUUAAAACAGUCAAUUCAAUACCUGUUUCAGCAACAAAUCUAGACACACAGAACAAGGAGUUAUCCGAUGCAUUCAUGCUUGAACAAUACGGUAUUGGUCCAAAUCAUUUUUUGACUGGUCGUCAAUAUGAUGAUGAUCGCGUCGAUGAAGAUGAAAUCCUUCCUGAAAAACGACAUUAUAAGAAAAAAUGGGCAAAAUUUUAUCAAGGAGUUCAAUCACCGUAUACGAUUGCUUUUCCUGCACUCAUUCGUACUCGUAGAUGGAUCGAACAAGAACAGUAA